CCACCCGCCGCCACCCCCUUGGCAGUUAUGCUGAAUUUUUAUUGUCUUUAUUAUUAAUUAGUUAUCGCCAUCUUGAUUAUAUAUCAUUUAGAUCCAGAUCCGAAGACUAGAUACUCUGAUUUAUAUGAUGACCGCUUGAAGCAUUACCGCUGCACUAUUAGUCAUGUAUAUAAAGUUUGGUAGUUAAUGUAUCAUUUGUAUUGAAACUAGUAAAAGUAACUACUUGUAAUGCUUCAGACAUCGCUUUGUUACAGUUCUUCAAAUAGAGAAAUAAUAUUCAAAUAAUGUUCACGUUCUCAGUGUUGUUAUUGAAGACGUUGACUCAUGAGAAUAUAGAAUAUUUACAUCACCUCACUGUCCCAGAGUCGGUAUGCUGACUGAAGUCGAGAAUAAUAACUAUUAGUUUUGCAAGCUGAAUCGAAGUAACGUGUCCCAUCGAUUCAUUGAUUGUAUUGACCCGUGACUGACGACACGGGACAAAUCGCUCUGACGCGUCUCCAGCGAUGUUGGAUUCCCCGUUUAUAAUAGUUUGUUUUUAUUAGUGCUCGUAUUAUAAGAAACUUCUGUUAACAGCCGCUGUUAAUGUAGAAGACCUUAACUCAUUAAAAAUAAAUGUUACUAAUAUAACGAAACGAUUUAUGAGUAUUACCGUCGUUUUGAAGAGUUUGACUGUGAAGUGAUGUGAUCUGAUGUUUUAUUUGGUGUAACGUGGGAGUCUUCUAUUUAGAGACUAAAUUAUGACAGUUAAAAUGAAUGUCAUACAAAAAAGGAAUAUCUAGGAGACGGAACACACGUUCUAGAGAUACCAAAUCGUCCCAAUUUUGUUUAAUAAUAAUCUGUAAACACGUUUUGCUAUUUUGUGUUGUGCCCAAUUCCGAAUGCUUCUCACUCUAUAACAUAGAAGACGUGAUAUUGUAAUGACGGUGUAUUUCGGGAGCAGUCGCCGGUCGCUCCACCGGUCGGGUUUCCACCUCCCAUUAAGGCACAUUACUGACUGACUGACCGAGCCACCGACAGAAUUGGAACGAAUCAGAUACACUCCGACCCAUUUUAGAAGUUCCCACACGACGAUCCCUCCAGAUACAGUGCGGGUAGUUGGCGAGAUUAAUUAUAACACAACGUUACGUUACAAGAGCCUCUACUGACGGAAUACAUUGUUAUACUUUACAUUACUGACAUUAUAUUCGGAAGGAACAUUAUAUUCUAGGAAAUCGGACUAGUUUGUGUUUGAUUCAAAAAUAUGAUGAUAAUCACUAUAUUCAAAAAUAUAUGACAAUAAUUUCUUAUCUUACGGUAGUCAAUAAAACCUUAAUAAAGCUGUUGCUCUAAAAUAGACAUGACACAAUUUCCGUGUCUUCUGUAAUAGUAAUACGUCAGCGGUGUGAUUCGAGGCGAGGGGGGAGAGCGCGUGUGAACUCUGUGUACAUAUUACAGGAGUUCUAAAGUUGUGCUGACGUUAUUGUAAAUAUUCUAUGAUCCACAAUACUAUGAAGGCAUGCGGCGUGCGGCGUGCGGCGACGUCAGCACCGCGCCUUACAACACAUCAUCAGACAACAAGGAACUACUGCGACGACAGCUAUUGUCCUCGAGCAAGGAGCGGAACGUAGACAAGUGUGACUCGACGAAAAUUAAACACACGAGAAGCAGACAAAAGAACAGAUGGAAGCUGAAGUUCCAUCACCAGGCACUGCCCCAGGAGUACCUCGACCAUUACGAACAGAGUCUGCAGAAAGCCAACUGCAAGAAGAAAACUCAAGACAAACAGAAGGAGCAGAGCGUCGAAAACAGCUUCACCAACGAAACCUUUAAGAUUUGGGCGGAGAGACUGGCCGGCGUACAGACCGAGACCCCGGCGCUGACCCUCGCCUCGCCUGCGGCCAGCGGGACGAUCAAGAACAGGGAAGAGAGAAAGAAGAAGAACCCUGCUAUAACACCCAGCAAGAUCAUGACGUACGAAGACCUUCCUUACAUGGGAGAAAUGACCUUGAACAACUCCAAACCGAGGAGAGGCAGGAAACCGAAAAAGGCCGACAUUUGCCACCUCAUAUACGAGAACUAUGGGACCGUGGUGCCCGGCCGGCCGCCUCCCUCCAGGCCCAGCACGUGCCCGCCCUUCAAGACGGACCCCGUAGGAGGCCCGCCGCGAACGGACCUCCAAAACAGGAUCAUAUCCAGUUUGCUGGAGAGAAAACUGAGUCAGGAGAACAGGAGGCGCUUCGAGAGUCAACCCGACGAGCCGCCGGCACCGACGUGUGUCGCUCUUGGGCUCGGGCCGGGACUCCUGCACAGCGAUCGCGAGCCGCUCAACCUGUGCAUCAGGGAUUUGAGGGACCUCAAACUGCAAGUACAGAAAAAGUUCGGCGAUAUUUAUCCGGAGGUCAAGGUGGAGCGAGAUGAGGCCGACAGCGGCCGCGGGGAGACGCCCAACGCUAUCUCCGUCAUACAACGGAACGAGAACGUCCCGCCCUCGCCACGGACUCCGCCCGACGCGGACGACAACUUCCCCGGGUACGUGUACUGGCCUGAGGCCGGCGUAUACAUGCACCCGCUAGCGCUGCAGACACAGUUGCUCUACUGUCAGCAGGCGGAGGCCUCGCAGAAGAAGGAGGGAGGGGCGGGGGGACUCGCGGUCAAAAGGAUAUCGGAGCUGCUGGAGCCCGAGAGGCAGACGGAUGGACCCCGGGAGAAGAGGGUCGCCGCCGCCGCGCCCGCCAAGAGGAAAAGGUCCGCCAUCUUCAUCCCACCCGUGAGCGCCGGGAGCGGGACGGCGGCGCCCACCGCGGAGGUCAGCAUAUGCAAGUUCAAGUUCACGGGGGGCUCCAAGCCGUCGCUUCAGGAAAAGAAGAUGCUGUCCGUCGAUUCCGGGGGGAACUUCCGGUAUUACAGCGGCGGAGGCGCCAAAGGCAACAAAGGGUACGACUUCCUACAGGGAGACUCGGCUCGAGACCGAAGCGACCCCGCGCCGGCGACGCGGCAGACCGACCCGGCGGUCGAAGAACAGAAGAAGAAGAGGAAGUCGAGGAAGACGCUGCAGAGGGAGAAGCUGGAGCAGACCUUCAAGGAGAAGGGCUUCCUCAUACAGACGCAGCAGCUGCAGUCCGCAGAGGGCGCCACCUACUGCAAAUUCCGACAGCUCCGGAAGUUCACGCGCUACCUGUUCCGGAGCUGGAGGGACUACCUGCCGGGGGAGCUGGCGGGGAGAGACGGCGCUAGGGGGGGAGCGGACGACCCCGCUGGCCCGGGGGGGACCUGAUGAACGUUGUUAGUGGGCGUCAUGAUGCAUUUAUAGUGUAAGGCUCGGGGACGAAGUCGCACGUUCCGUCCGAUAACUCUUCCGAUGGUGGUGGUGUCCGGAGCCGGACUCGUAGCGGACGGUGUAAAUAUUUCGUGUACUUAAUAUUGUCGGAUGUAUUUAUUUGUAUUAAUAUAGAACCUUUGUUUCGAAUGUACUAAUCGAGGUGCGACUGGGAAGAUAGUUUUUAAUUAUUAUAAUUAAAUUUGAAACCAUCCAUUUUCUGCUCGUCUUUCAAAACAGAACAAUGUAAGACACCAAUUAAAAUAAUUUAACCGUGUUUUGCCAGAAUGAAGGUUUUUCCCAUCACCGACAACUUCUUGCAAGACUUAUUUUGUAAUAAAUUUGUAUUAUUAUUGUGCGAGGAACACCAGCAGAGCAGAAGUCCGCCGCCUCGCGAGUGAUCGUUAGUGUUUAAAUAAUAUGUAAAUAAUAUAAUGUACAACUGAGUCGCUCUAGUCAAUCUGUUAGUCUGUAGCGUUGUUAGCGUUGUUAGUGAUGUUUGUGUUAUUAAAUAUUAAUAUUAAAAUAAGAAGACGUUUAAACUCAAUAAACUUUAUUAAAGAAAAAUAAAAAAGUCUGUGAUCGUAAGAAAAAAAAUGCAAUAGGAAUGUCAAAUAAACCAAUAAAAUAUUUAACCAAAUUA